CGGGGCCAUGCGGGCGGCGCCUGCGCGGGGCCGCGGCGGCUCGGCGAAGUUCCGCGGGCCCGGGUAAGUUUUCGGCGGGGCGGCUUCGCUGCGCUCGGGUCCGGCCCGGCCAUGGCGUUCCGCCGGCGGGCCAAGAGCCACCCGCUGUUCAGCCAGGAGUUCCUGAUCCACAACCACGCCGACAUCGGCUUCUGCCUAGUGCUCAGCGUCCUCAUCGCGCUCAUGUUCGAGGUUACAGCCAAGACUGCCUUCCUGUUUAUCUUACCUCAGUAUAACGUCAGCGUGCCUACAGCAGAUGGGGAGCUGGUCCAGUAUCACUACGGGCCGAAGGAUCUGGUCACCAUACUCUUCUACAUCUUCAUCGCCAUCAUCCUCCAUGCGGUGGUGCAGGAGUAUGCUCUGGAUAAAAUCAACAGGCGGCUCCAUCUCUCCAAGGUCAAACACAGCAAGUUCAACGAAUCGGGCCAGCUGGUCGCCUUCCACCUCACCUCCAUGGUUUGGUGCCUGUACGUCGUGGUGACGGAAGGAUACAUAUCAAACCCCCGGAGUCUGUGGGAAAACUACCCGCACGUUUAUCUUCCGUUCCAGGUGAAGUUCUUCUACCUGUGCCAGCUGGCGUACUGGCUGCAUGCCCUGCCAGAGCUCUACUUCCAAAAAGUUCGCAAGGAGGAGAUUCCGCGCCAGCUGCGCUGCAUCGCGCUCUACCUGCUGCACAUCGCCGGCGCCUACCUCCUCAACCUAACCCGCCUGGGGCUGAUCCUUUUGCUGUUACAGUACUUAGCCGAAUUCUUCUUCCACAUGGCCCGGCUGGUCUACUUCACAGAUGAGAACAACGAGAAGCUGUUUAAUGUCUGGGCUGUUGUGUUCGUCGUCACCAGGCUCUUCACCCUCACCUUGUACAUCCUGGUCAUGGGCUUCGGGCUGCCGCGGGUGGAGAGCCAGCCUCUUGACCCCGAGAGGGGGAACUUCUUCAGCUUUCUCUUCAACAACAUCCUCUUCAGAAUGAGUGUGCUGCUGUUGGUGUGCCUCUUCCAGGCCUCGGUGAUGUGGCGCUUCAUCCACUUGCAGCUGCGGCGCUGGCGGGAGUACUGGAACGAGCAGAGCAGCCGGAAGCGAGCCGCUGCCACCAGGCAGCCCACAAAGCCGCCCAAGAGGGACUCGGGUUACCAUGAAAACGGAGUGGUGAAAGCAGAGAACGGCACCUCACCGCGGACCAAGAAGUUGAAAUCGCCAUAGAAGCAAGGGCUGGUCUGGGGAGGAGGGUGAGAUACCGGGACUAAGCAGCAGCCCCUCCUCCCGGCCCUCACAGCAGCACCUUGAGCGGUGAGGAAACCGGUCGUCUUCCCAAGGUGUCUCUCGCUUUCCUCCCUUUCUUUCUUACUCUCUUGAACCAUUUGCAAUAAAACCAAAAAGGUCCUUUUUCCCCUUCACCCCGCCCCUCAUAGGAGCCUUUUCCAACACUCCUGGCUUUUCUUUUCCUCUAUUUCACUGUAAAUCAGCGUGCAAUUUUUUUCUUUCCUAUUUUAGUGUUUGGUUAUUUUGGAUUUUUGUUACAAAUGCAUGGUAGACGGUUCCAAAUUAUUAUUAUUAUUAUUUUUUUUUUUUUUUUUUUUUUUUUUUUAUACAAGCGUGUUCCUCCCCUCCCUUCAUGGUGCUUCCCUGAGCCCCUGUGUAAAGGGCCAGAGCAGCUUAAAGGCUGUUUUGGGAACAGGCUCUGGGGGAUGCGAUGGGGCUGUGACCCUGAGGCUCGGGGUGCUCAGGGGUGCAGGUUGCCUCUCCUGGGCACAUCUGGCCAGCAAGUGCUGCAGAUAGAGACCAGGGGCUGAGGGAGGAACCGCAACCAUGUCUUGUCUCAUGCUGGACUUCUGGUUGAGUCCCUCCAGCCCUCAGUUUUGAAUUAAUUUUGGAGAGCUGGGCAGCAAAGGAGGGAGGGAAUUUCCUUCUUCACUUCGGACCCACCUCCAAGCUCUUCUGGUACAACUGGGUCCCUCUUAACCCUUUUGGCUGCAGGAGGUGAGUUCUUCCAGACCUCCCAGCCCAAGAGGUGGGCUUGAGGGCAGCAGCGUUCUCAGGUCUGUCUGAACCCUCGAGUCCUGUCCUGGCUUCCGUCAGCCCUUUGCUGGCUUGUGUGUGCCCAUGGACUCGGUGUUCUCGCGGCUCUUGGCCACAUCUGAAUGAGCAGACCAGCUGCUGCUAAAGGGUUUUGCAUCAAUGGGACUGUGCUCCUCUCAUCCCCACUGUACCGGUGCAGCUGUGCCAUUGGCAGCCGCCAGCUUCGCUCCUCGUUUCCGAAGGAUACAGAGCUUGUAUCCACCCAAGGUGCUAUCAAAUGCAGGGUUUCUUCACAAAAAACCUUAACCCUUCAUCCGUUUCCGAGCUGUGAACGGGAUGACAGGGAAGGAAGCUGGAGCUGCAGGAGCAGCUCUCACAUUAGGAACGGCCUGAGCUGUGGUGCAAAGCCGCUGGCAGGUGGAGUUGUCUCAGAUCUACCUCAGAGGCCAUCUCUUGCUGCAGACCACUUGUCCCCUCGCCUCCUGCUCGCUGCCACCCACAUGAGCCGGCAUGACGUUCAUGUGAAACCCCAGAUCCCACCGGUUCGGUCCCCUCUUGCCUCUUUGCUGGGGAGCAGCAUCUCCACGGAGUCAGCACCAGAUCGCUGACAUUCUUUGGGGUGCUGUGCAGGGGCGCAGGGCGUGAGGAGCUGCGGCCGCUCUUCCAUACGCAAGAUCCACCUUCCCCAUGGACCAGGGAAGUGCGUGGUCCUCUCUUUGCUCCUCGCCCUGCUCCUCGCUCUGCUCCUCGCCCUGCUCCUCGCUCCGCUCCUCGCUGAGCCUUGGGCAGCUCAGCUUGGGCUCCCUGAGAGUGCAAUUCCACCAUGAGGCCGGCGCAGUCCUUCAUAUCACUCACAUUUUGAGGCACGAGUGACAGUUGAUUUUCUGCCCAUCUUUGAGUUCGGUUGGGUAUUUUUCCUCCUGUAGGCGUCUUUUGUCCCUUCCUCCCUCUCUCCUUGUUGAGGUGCAGCUAACGCUGGGCACCGCAGAGACAAAACACGCAGGGACGUGAGGACGGUUGGUCAAAUUCCACUCAUUCCUCCAUCCCCAUGACCCCUGAGUCCCAAACGAGACGUCAACAGGAUGCCAGGACAUGGAUUCCCCCUCCUUUUUCAGGGGAACCAAGGAAGAAAACGUUGGAGGAGAGCCUUCAGUGGUCUCUGUGAUUGCUCCUCAUAGCCCUUGCUGGGUAGAUAAUACCGAUUUUUGGCUCAGCGGCAGCAACACGAUGAGAGGGGGUAAAGAGCUUUACAUUAGGAAGGAUGUGGAAAGGGUUUAGUGUGAGAGGUUUUUACCUUUCUGCUGCCUCUUUCCAGCCAUCCACGGCCCCAAAAAGCGGCUGCUGAACUAUCCUCCUCCUGCCCGCUGGGCUUCAGGCAGCUCUGCCACUUGCACAAUCCCGCAUCUUCAUCAAGGAGCUAAUUAUAAUUACGCCUUGUAUCCCAAGUGCCUUAUGUUAUAGCCUUUUGUACGCUUGAUCUGUGUCCCAUAGGAGUAGCUGAGCACCCUCCCUCUUUACAACGUAUGUACAGCAUAUGCUACAUUUACAUGUUGGAUUUUUUCUGUUUUCCUUUUGAUAGAGCUACCAGUAAAAGGGACAGUUUGUUUUGGGAGCAUUUCCAUGUGUUAUUUGUUUGUAACCUAUAGAUGAUGGGGCUUUUUUUGCCCUCUAUCUUUACUCCUCGGAAAUCCUCAUCCUCCUUUCAUGCCCAAGUGUGGCAGGAUCCCUAGGGGUCUAUAUUUUCAUUGUUUUUUUGAGCUGAUCCUUUGCUGGAAGGUCCGCAAGCCCCACUCCAUGCUCUGUCUGUGUCUCGUCAUGCGAGCGCCGUCCCUCAUCUGCAAACCUGCCAUAAACGCUGCUGCGUCCGCGUCAUUUCUCAGCAGAAUGAUCCUUCUCUUCAGCCCAAAGAGCUUUAUUUUUCUCAGAUGAACCAUUUUCAUGGUAAACCCUUGGCAGUCAAGUCUUGCCUUGACCGCUCUGCAUACAAAGAUGCUUGUUUUCUUUGAGUGGAUGCUCUUCUUGCCCCAUCUUCUCAAGCCUUGUGUCUUCUGCAUAGAAAAACCCCAAAGAUCCAUCCCAAACAGCUCUUGGCCACCGCAGUGCAGAAGGUGUUACAGACUAUGGAAAUUUCAGCACAAUGCUAUUGCUUGCACUCUUCCCGCGGGGUUGAGGCUGUUUUUGUAGCCUGCGCCCAUUAUCCAACCUGAGAAGGUCAGGGAUUGAGCAGUCUGUGAUUUUGAGGUGUUGAGCGUAGCGUUUUCCUGCCCUGGCCUAGAACAGCUGCAAAAUACCAGCAGUAGUUCUCUCUUUUUGUCUUAGAUACUUAGAAUGGGCUUGGGAAGAGAAAGGGGUGGAGAAAGAACAGAUGUAGCAUUUCACAUAUUGAGUGACUUACGUUAUGGGGCAUUACAGUCGUGUUGUUUUUUCGUUGGUUUAUUUAGAAUUCUUUCUUUUUCCUCAUCAUGUUUGAGUUAGUAGUAAAGAAAACAAGUUCCAGUCCCCUUGUAGGUCACUUUACCCUUCACUCACUAUUUUAUAAUGUAUUUUUGGUUGGUUUCCCAGUGGGAGGGAAGAAUAACCACACUAAGAUGCCUCUUUGCUCCCCCAGUGCGUGGGGUUUGCAGCAGCUUCUAUCUCUUGCCCUCUGGGUAGAUGGACCCUGAUUUGCAUCAACAGGAGAUGGAGAUGAUGUGGUUUGAUUUCCAGCCUUCUGGUGAACUCCAUAAACGUGUAAUAGAUGGUUUAUUUGGUAGGUUUUAUACUUAAACUGUGUUAUUUCGCCUCGGGGCUGCGUGGGGUUUUGCUGGCAGUUGGAAAAGCCAGAGGCACGUAGUUUUCCUUCAAAUGUGUUCAACUUGCCAGACCAAACUUCAAAGGAAUUUGAGGAAAAAUUCUGUUCUUCCAUAUUGAUGCUUCAGUACAAAUUUCCUAAUUUUGGAGGGGGCGGGGGGGGAAGUAACAGUCUGAUAUUUUUUAUCCUGUUUGUUUCAUUCUUCCUGUCACUUCUGUUUUUGUAUGGAUUUUGUUGUUGUUUGUUGUUAUGUGUCUUUUUGUGAUAAACUCGACAAGAAGUAUUUUUCUGAAAUAAAGCAAUAAAAGGCGUAGAUUCUUCCA